AUGUUCGCCGGCGAUCUUACCCCCCGCCGGACCGACGCCGAGCGGGCAAACGCCGGCCAACAGGCAAACGCCGAUCACGCCCUUCCACAGGACUGGCAUGCCGUCGUGGACCAGGUGAACCCGGUGAUCUAUGCGCACCAGCUCCUCCUCCGGUGCCAGGCGGAGUUUGCCCAGGUGUACGAGGCUGAUCGGGCCAGCGGCGCCGACACCCCCUCGGCCGAUGGUCUGCCCAGCUUCGAGGCCUUCACCGGGACCUUCACCCGGCUGGUGUAUGACUUCGAGGACCUCGGCCCGCAGGCGGCCGGCGAUGGCCCGGACGCGCCAUUCAGCCCGGGGCCCGGGCGCCGUGGCCGCCGCGGCGCCCCCGGCCCGGUGGCUUCCCCCGCCCGGACACCCGGCGGCCCGACCGGCGUGGCGGACACCCCCUCCAAGAAGAAGCGCAUGGCCCCGUCCAAGCGGCCCAACUCCGCGUCGGCCGCCGCGCUGGACUUCUCCGACCACACAGGCUCCCUGGCGGAGGACGGCAGCGCGCCCGGCUCGCCGCAAACCCCCGGGCCCCCGGCCGUGGAUCUGAUCGGCCCGGCGCAGGAGGCCCUGCUGGCGGCGGCCCGGCAGCGCCGUGCCGGGCGCCCUGGCGACGUCCUCGACGCCCAGGACCUCGGCACCGGGCCCGCCGGGGCCGCCCCCCCCGCCAGCAAGCCGGCCUCCCUGCUGAAUGGCCUGUUCGGGUCCUUCUCGGCGGCCCUGCGCGGGGACCUGACCGAGGCCCGGCUGGACCCGGCGCUGGAGGAAAUCCGCCGGCAUCUGGUGGCCAAGAAUGUCCCAGCCGACCUGGCCGAGGAGCUGGUGGCCGGGGCCCGGGGGCGCCUGCUCGGCACCCAGGUCGGGCCCUUCCAAAGCGUGCAGCAGGUCAUCCGCGAUGCCCUGGUGCCGAGCCUCCAGCGGAUCCUCACCCCCGGGGCGUCGACCAACCUCCUGCGCGACAUCCUGCUGGUGCGCGAGCGCGAGCGGCGCCCCUUCGUCAUCACCUUCUGCGGGGUCAACGGCGUGGGCAAGUCCACCAGCCUGUCCAAGGUGGCCUUCCUGCUGCUGCAGAAUGGCCUCCGGGUGCUGGUGGCCGCGUGCGACACCUUCCGGUCCGGGGCCGUGGAGCAGCUCCGCCGGCAUGUGGACAACCUGUCGCAGUUGUCGGCCGACGCCGGGCUCGAUGCCCAGGCCAGCCUCAUCGAGCUCUUCGCCCAGGGGUACAGCUCGGACCCGGCGGAGGUGGCGCGCCAUGCCAUCCGCCACGCCCGGGCCCACGCCUUUGACGUGGUGCUGGUGGACACGGCCGGCCGGAUGCAGCACAAUCGCAGCCUCAUGCAGGGGCUGGCCCGGCUGGUGCAGAUCAACCAGCCGGACCGGGUGCUCUUCGUUGGCGAGGCCCUGGUCGGGCAUGACGGCGUGGACCAGCUCCGGGAGUUUUCCCGGAUCCUGCGCCAGCAGACCGCCGGCGGCGGCGGCUCGGCCAAUGCGCGCGGUAUCGACGGCAUCAUCCUCUCCAAGUUCGACACGGUCGAGGACCAGGUGGGCGCGGCGCUGGCCCUCACCUGGACCAGCGGUCAGCCCAUCCUCUUCGUCGGCGUGGGCCAGCACUAUGUGGAUCUGCGCAAAUGCAGCGCGGAUGCCAUCUGCGCGGCGCUCCUGUCCUAG